CUGCGGUUGAUCCAGCAGCAGGAGGCAGCUGUUAUCACCACCGUCCUCAGAGGAGUACAUUUAGGAACAAGGAGGUCUCUGCCCACUGCAGCUGAGGCAGAUGCCCAUCCAUCAUGACUGCCAUCCGACUACGAGAAUUUGUUGAGCGUCGCCGAGCGAUCCCACCAAGUAUAUUCAUUGCUCACCAAGGAAGAGAUCUGCAAGGCUAUUACCCCGGGCAGCUGGCAAGACUCCAUUUUGACGAUAGUGCAAAGAAAGCUCCCAGACCGCUCAUAGACUUGACAAUUCCACCCAAGAGAAAAUAUCACUAUCAGCCUCAAUUAGACCAACAGACACUCAUUCGCUAUAUUUGUUUUCGAAGACAUUCAAAGCCUGCCGAACCGUGGUAUAAAGAAACCACUUACCAAAGAGACUAUUCUCUGCCGUUUUACGAGAUUGAUUGGAACCAGAAAUUAGCCACAGCUUCGCUGAAUCCUCGACCGCUUAAUUCACUGCCAGAGCUCAACUGCUGUGAAGAGAGACGCGGCUUUGAAAGAAAUGCUUCUAAACUAAAGUAACCAUGGCAUUCGAACAAAAUAACGUCUGGCAUUCUUAGGUGACUCUUUUAGACUAAGUUAAUGGGAGCAGAACCAUUUUUAAUGUAAGUGUAUAUACAGAUGACUAUAAUCCUCACAUAUUUACAUGCGGCAAAUUCUUUUCAGAUUAAGUUGGUCAGCUUAGAGCAGCGAAUUGAGAUUUAGCUUUAAGAGAACUUGAUUUUUAGCCCCACUGGCAGUCUUCCUGCUGAUGCUGGCAAACCGUAUUUCACUUAGGCCAGUGGUUAUACAUAGGCUCAGGUAAGAAGAUCAUUGCUUCUGUGCAAUCAUUGCACCACUGCUGGGAAAAAUACAAAGAACCUGGGAGUCACAGCCAAUUAGGAAGAAGACUGGCUCUAGGGACCCUAAAGGGGCUGUGGAUGGAUAAACUCAAGUACAGCAUGGAGCUAUAGUGAGAUGUGGGGCUGGCAAAAACGAUUGACUGAAAGUUCGUCUGUAGGAGUUAACACCCCUAUCUUGGCAAGAAGGAAGCCUGACAGCUAGGCAUCAGCUCCUCAGGCAGAAAUCUAAAGGGUCUUCUCUAAGGAGAGAAAAGGAUCCCAAAG